UGUAACCAUUUAUUGCAGUCACUUUGUAAUUUCUUCAUCUCCCACUGCAAUUCCACAUUUCAUCCAAAUGGGAGUAGUGAUUUCAAUUUCAAUUCCAAAUCUUGAAGAAAAGCUAUGAAAAAAUGGGUCUUGAAAUCAAAGAAAACAGAAUCAGCCCCGGAAUUCUGCUAACCAUCAUAGUAAUCGCAGUAAUCUUCUUCAUCUCCGGAUUGCUCCACCUCCUCGUGAGAUUCCUGCUGCGGAGAAACUCCGGCGAAUCCGAGAGCUUCGCCGCGGUGGAAGGUCAGCUCCAGCAGCUCUUCCACCUCCACGACUCCGGCCUUGAUCAAUCCUUCAUCGACACUCUCCCCGUCUUCAAUUACAAGGCGAUUAUAGGCGUGAAGGAUCCGUUUGACUGCGCCGUCUGCUUGUCGGAAUUCGAGGGUGAAGACACGCUGAGGCUGCUCCCGAAAUGCAGCCACGCUUUUCACGUGGACUGUAUUGACACGUGGCUACUGUCUCACUCGACCUGCCCCAUUUGUAGGGCGAGUUUGGAGCAGGAAUUUGGCAUCUGCUGCUCUCCUGUGAUUAGGGUUCUUGAAUCGGAGAAUUCGGCGGAAAUUGAUUUGGAGAGACAGGUUGAUGAUGGUGAGAAGAUUGGGGAAAAUGGGGAGAGAGUUGUGCCGGUGAAGCUUGGGAAAUUUUGGGGCGUUGGCGGCGGAGAUGUUGAGGGCGGGGCGGAGGCGAGGAGGUGCUUCUCGAUGGGGUCGUUUACUUAUGUGAUGAAAGAGGAUACGUUGCUUAAAGUUGCUAUUUCGAGUAAUGGGAAUAACUAUAAGCGUGGUUUGGGUCAUCGUAGGGCGGCGAUGUCUGAGUGUGGGUGUGAUUCGAGGAGGGACUUUAACGGUUUUGAUGCGUUUAAGGUUGUUGGAGCUCAGAGCGGCGGCAGCAGCGGCUUGAGUAAAAGAGAGAGUUUUUCUUUGUCUAAGAUUUGGUUGAGGGAUAAGGGUGGUGAUGCCGCGGUGGAGGAUACGAGAAGGUCAUUUUCGUUCCGGUGGCCGAGCCACAGGAGCGGGGCGGUUGGAGGAGGAGCGGAUGCCGAGAAUGGCGGCGGAGGUGGAGGGGUCGAUAUUGAUGAGGAAAUUGGGAUGCAAAGAGAUUGAAAAUUUGAGUUCUCACUGUAUUUUCAAGUAGUUUUUUUAAUUUUGUUAUGCAUUUUCUUUGGAGUAGAUGAUUAUCAGAUAUUCAUAAGUGCAGAAUAUGUAAGAAUAUUAGAUAUAAAGAGAGAGAUUUUACUAGUACUA